AUGAGUGGAACCAAGCGUCCUCGAAUUACUGCCAAUUCAACUGUUCUUGCAUCUCAGCAAUCUCAAUUACAGCCAGCAGGUUUGUUGCCAGAACCUCAUGCUCCAUACUCAAGCUCACUGGCUGGGCUGUAUGGCUUGGCAGGUUCAACUUCUGCUGUCCCAUAUGCAGGUUCAUCUGCUGGCUUGUAUGAUUCGGCACGAGCCCCUUUGGGUAUCCCUGGGAAUGUGGUGCCUACACAGCCACAUGUCAACCCUUCUGAAUCGCACCUGCCAUCUAGUUAUUUUGAUAGGCCAAUUGCCUAUGGUGGGUAUGGUUUGCCGCCACAAUAUCAUUUGCCUUACUAUCCUCAGUAG